CCAGUGCACUCUGCCUUCACCUCAGGGUUUCUGUCCCUGCUUACCACCUGGGAUGUGUAUACAUUAGUUCCCAGCCUUGUCCUUUCUUUUACUGAUUUUUUUACUCUGGGUUUGAGAUUGCUAUCUCUGCAUUUCUGUUCUUUGUUCUGAGGCAACCUGUCUGACAUUGGUGUGGGGGCUUAUUUUCCCUCUUCCAAGUAAAAUGACCUAGUCCUCCAUUUCUCUAACAUGACAUCAGAUUACUUCAGCUGUUUCCAAACAAUGCUGAAAGAUCUGCCACCUUGCCCCCGACAUUAGCAGUCCCAUUGGGAGUGCAUCUUGUGUGUCUCUGCAAGGCUACUUUAUUAUAUAUAAUUCAUAUCAAUUUAUAAAUAGAUUGAUUCUGAAUCUUGCCCAUCCUAAAUCCUGCAUUCCCAACUCAGUACCUCUGCUGAAUGGCAGAGGACCCUAGAGAUUGAUUGGUUCUGUUCCUGCUCACCCCAGCUGUCUUACCUUCAACUGCCCCCUUUGGAGCCCAUUUUAUGUACUCAUUCUCUAGGGACCUUAAUCUGAGUCUCCUCCAUUCUUUACCCAGAAAGGAAUCCAGUACAGCAGCCCCAACGGGGGCUGGGAAUGUGGCUUCAGGCUCAGGGAACAACUCAGGGGGACCCAGCCUCUUGGUGCCACUGCCUGUGAAUCCCCCCAGUUCUCCAACGCCCAGCUUUAGUGAGGCCAAGGCAGCUGGCACCCUGCUCAAUGGUCCUCCACAGUUCAGCAGUACCCCGGAAAUCAAGGCCCCUGAACCUCUGAGCUCUCUGAAAUCCAUGGCAGAAAGGGCAGCUAUCAGCUCUGGUAUUGAGGACCCAGUGCCAACCUUACACCUAACAGAGCGAGACAUCAUCCUGAGCAGCACAUCAGCACCCCCCACCUCAGCCCAGCCACCCCUGCAGCUCUCAGAGGUGAACAUACCAUUGUCACUGGGUGUGUGUCCACUGGGGCCAGUGUCCCUCACCAAGGAGCAGCUCUACCAGCAGGCCAUGGAAGAGGCCGCCUGGCACCAUAUGCCCCACCCCUCUGACUCAGAGCGCAUUCGGUGAGGGGCUGCAGAAAGGGGCUGGGGACCCUGUCUCCCAGUCUGAGGGAGGAGCUGGUUCCUGGGCCUUGAGAGACUAGGUAGAGUACUCAUCUCAAAGUGCUGAGGACUUGGCUUGGGGCUCCUUAGAGCAGGCUGAAGUGUGCUUCAGAACACCCUCCUGCAGGCAGGACAGGAACUGGAAGUCACCUGGUACUAAGUCCUCUCUGGUUCA